ACGAAAGCCUCAGACCACUCGUGUGGAAGCCGAUCUCUUCCCUAAACCUUUUACCACCCCUGACUAGUUCUCUACUAUCCACUUCUCUUGCCGGGCCCUAGUUAUAUGUCCGCACGUAUGAUAUUAGAUUCCUUCCCCAUGCUCGCCGUCAUGCACAAUAGUAAUAAUGCCGAGCUCGCUAUGGCGUCGCCGCCGCUGCGCGCCAUCGACUUGUUGGGAGACGUCCACCUGGCCGCGACGACGGACGCCAGAUGCUGGACGCUGUCGGCGGAAAAAGUCAUCGACGAGCCCUUGGGCCAGGGCGACGUGGCCGCCAAGUGCGCAGCGAUAGAGUCGGCACAGCAACAGCCAUCGAGCGGUCCCACCCUUCAUCUCAUCUCGACCUGGGGCGACGCCUACAGGCCGGAAGUCUCGCUGCACAUCUCCAACAGCAACAACACCCACGGUAACGGCGACGGGCCGAGCGACUUUGGCGCGCUCAACAGCCUCCUCGGCGUCACGGCGUACACGGCCAGCGUGUACAUGACGGCCCGGCCGCUCUGCUCGUACACGCUCGAGUACGACAACACACAGGAGAACAUCACGGCGAUAACGUUCCUCGUCCGCUGCCCGCGCACCUUCCACUCGAUAAUCUGCAUCCUGCGCAUCCGCAUCUCCGACCUGAGCAGCGUCGCGCUGCUCAGCUGCACUCUACCCGACGAGCUCGCCGAGCUGCGCACGCUGUGCACGUCCAACACGUCCCUCCUGCGCGCCACACCGCUCGGCCUGCUCAGCCUGAUCCUCGACCAGCGCAGCCGGUCGUGGGAGCGCUGGGUGACGCAGGUGUGGAUCGAGAGCAACCAGAUCGAGGGCCUGACGAGGCUCGCGCCGGCCGACUGGCUGAUGAACCGGCUGCCGCCGGCGCGGUCGCGCGAGUUGGCCGCCGACCCGGACAAGCUGCUCGAGCAGCUGAGGUCCACCGACGUGCAGAUCUGCCACGGGCAGAACGUCAUGGCGUUCGCGGCGCGGUACGCGGCGUUUUGCUUCGAGAGCGUGGCGCUGGUCGAGCGCGCGCGCGCGGGCGGGGGGGUACGGCUCAAGCCGGCGGCGCGGGCGAUGUUCGAGGACCGGAUCAGGUUCAUGCAGUCAAGGUGUUGUUCCGUGCAGGAGCGCUUUGCGGAGAUGCGCGAGCGGCAUCGUGGGCAGAUUAACGUGAUGUUCAGCCUCAUCGCGCAAAAGGACAGCAAGGUGAACCGCGCCGUGGCCGGGCUGAACCUCGACGUGGCGCGCGUGGCGGCCGUCGACAGCCGCACCAUGAAGACGAUCGGCGUGCUGACGCUCGUGUUCCUGCCGUCGACGCUGGUGACGGUGAGUACCCCCUUCGUUUCUAUUAAUCCCCAGUUUCCAUGGAGCAAAUGGGGGAUAUAGCAUGAAACUUACUUGCUGUGGUGUGGGCUAGUCGCUGUGGCAGGCCAACGUGUUUCACCUCGACGACGGCGUCAACGCAAAGGUGUACGCGGCAGUCACCGUGGCCGUGACCGCCGGUGUCUUCUUCUGCUGGUGGCUCUACAUGCGCUACUCGCACAGGCCGCUGAGCAAGUACGAGAACGGAUUGGGCGGCGGGGUCUUGACUGCCGUGUAAACAGGUCGCGGCUGCCGAGAGGACUCUAAAUACCUCAGGACGGAGAGUUGGGUAUGAAUGGGAGGUUUGGGUUUGGCCUUGAUUGUUGAGAGCCGUGUUUUGGAAGGAGGCAUAGGACCAUGAGAGGGUGUCAUGUGUAAUUAGGUAAAUAUUUCUUCAACCAG